ACUAGCUAAAGGGGGUUUGAAAGAUCUUUUAGGAACACGGAUUGAUGCAAAUGAGAUAUUUGCUUGCAGGUUAAGUAAAUUGUACAAAUAGUAUUUUGUUUCACAUCUGUUUUAAACACUCACUUUCCUGUUGUUUCAAAAUGGAUCCCGAAGUAAAGAAACUCAUAGAAGCUGUGGAGAGCCAGCUGACGAUCGCAGGCGUGGAUUUGCACAAAUGGAAAUCACUACGCCAAGAAAUCCAGAAACGACUGGUCAAAUCCAACUUCCCCAAAGUAGGCGACAAAAUAUACGCCAAAUACUUCCAGCACCAGUACUUUCCAGCCAGGGUCGACUCUCUGGACGUUGCCCAUCAGACAUUCAACAUCACGUGGGACGAUAACGAUACGGAAGGGAGGGUCGUGGCUGUGACUGACGUAGCCCUGGAUAAAGUGCCUGGGAGGGCUGAGAUAGGAGUGGGCAGUAAUGUGUUGUUCGAGCAGGGCUCUUACGGAGCGAGUGGGGACCGGUCGGGAGGCAUGCGGUGGCACAUGGGAAGAAUCACCAACAUGACUCAGAGACCAGACGGGUCUUAUGUCUACGAUGGGGAGCACGUGUUCUCUGAGAAGCAUGGAAAAUGGGUCACUUAUCGAGGAUACGAGCGGGAAUUCAGGGAUCUCACUUUAGACCAAUUUCGGGUAUCCCCCAACGCUCUCGACUCGUUCGGCGUUGACGGCGAAGAUUCCUCUUCGGGUAUAGAAUCGCACGAAUGCGACGUAUUCGUUUGCUACUCGGACGCAAAUACCCGACAAAACUCGAGUAAGGACUUGAACCCGCUCAGAAUUAUAAGCGACAUGGAAGAUAUUCUAGGCGUCAAGACAAAUGUAAAAAUUCGAAACCCUUCGCUCGCUGAGGUUGCGGUUAUGAUUCAAAAAUGCAAAGUAUUUGUUGCUUUUAUUUCAAAUGAGUUUGCAAAAGACGAGCGAUGUCAGCAGCAGUUUCAGUUUGCGAAAAAGUCAAAAGGGGUGCCUGUUAUUCCGGUUGUUGUCGGCCAGGGUUUCGACUGGACUCGAACCGUCGUAGGGUUGCUGAUCGCCGGAGAGUUGUACAUUCAUUUCAAAGAAGAAUCAGUCUAUGAUCAGAAAAUGCAGGAGCUAAAAAACUCCAUGAAGCGUUCCUUGGAACCAGAAAAAGAAGAAGACAACGCGGCAAAUGCCACUGAGAAAGUUAAAUGCAAAGCGUUUAUAAGCUAUUGCUGGCUUAAUUCUAAUAUGUCUAAGAACGCAAACGAAAUCCCGUUCGUUAAAGGAAACGAAUUGUGUGAUCCGAGGCGAAUCAAAUACGACGUCGAAAAACGACUCGCAGGCGAGGGCGAAAAACUCUGGCUUGAUAUCGAGCAACUCGGAACUUCAAACCAAAGUGACCGAAACGCGAGUAUGUUCGAGCAAAUCGCGAUGGGUUUGGCAAACACUAGAGUUAUACUAACUUUCAUAAGCACCGAGUAUAGUAAAAGUGAGAAUUGUAACAUGGAGUUUAACCAUGCGGUAAAAACAAUGAAAAUACCGACUAUUCCGAUUAUCGUGGGCGAAAAAGAUUCGGACGAUUGGGUUCGAAGGCAAGUCGGAAUGAUGUUGGGUCAAAUCGAAGCGCGAGACGAAAACAGCGAGCGAAUUGAUCUUCGAACUAUUAUAGAUAAAAGCGAAUAUAAUGAGAAAAUUGAGGAAAUUUACCAGCGAGUUUGUAAGUUCCUCGAAAUGGAACCCGAAGAAUCCAGUGCUCCGGAAGCCGAAGCCGCGAAAGAGCCGACAAGCGAUCGGGUUCCAAAGAUCGGAGAUCACGUGAUCUCUCACUGGAAUGGGGGUCAGUUUUUCUUUUCGACUAUCGUGUCAUAUGACAGAGAGACGAUGUGCUUUACUGUCGAUUGGGACGAUGGCGACACGACUGGACGAGUCGUGAAGUACAACGAAACUGCGAAAGAUGUCGUGGUCGACGAGUCUGACGUCGCGAUAGGAACUAAAGUUCUAUUCCCUCAAGGACAAUACAAACUGAAUACAGAAGACGAAGGCUACUCUGGGUUCCGUUACUUCGAAGGAGAGAUCACCGAAAUGCAAGAUCAGGGUGGAAGAACUCUGUAUUCGGGACACCAUUCCAGGUACGACAAAGGUCAAGUGCCGAGGUUUCGAGGGGUCAAAUAUGAGUUUGAAGAUAUUCCGAUUGAGAAAUUGAGACUGGCGCCGAAUGCAUUCGAGGUGCUCAAUAUUUAAUCUUUUUGCCCGCCAAUUAAACUGUAUUAUCACGAAAACUGUAUGUUCAGAAAGUUGCACGUUCUAAACAGCUUUUACUAUUUUACUGAUUUAAUCAAAUUCUCACAAAAAAGUGGACUAUAAAUGA